AUGGCUAUCAAUAAAACUUACGCUGAUGGCCAACUUAAAUUGUUGGUCGGGGAAACCAUUCUCCUCAAUUAUAAAGGAGUCGAACUAACCUUGGAUGGCACUCACCUUCCCAAGGAGUUCCAUGGCAAUCAUAAAGGUGUCGGCUAUUUAUCCAAUUACCGGAUUAUUUUUGCCACAAGUAUGAAAUCAAACGAUCAUUUAAGAUCGAUAGCAAUGCCAUUUAAUUGCUUACGUAAUGUUGAGUUAAAACAACCGAUAUUUGGAUCAAAUCAUUUACGAGGAACCUGUAUUCCGGAUCAAGAAGAGACCGCAUUUCGAGAUUCGUUAGAUUUCAAGAUGUACUUUACAUCCGGAGGAGCUAUUGAAUUUGGAACCAUGUAUACGAGGAUGGUUCGCGGAGGUGGCACUGUAGCCGCACCGCAACUGUCUGCGAUAUCUCCAGCAGUAUUAGCUCAGGCACAAGCAGCAUAUGGUCCUCGCGGUGGAUGCCAAUAUGUUUAUUAUCAAGGUGGGGCGACAGCGCCUACAAUGAACGCUUAUCCUCCACCUCCGAAUGCAGCAGCAAUGCCAAAUGCCGCAACUGCAUAUUAUUCUCCGUCCAAUCCAAACAACCUCUACGCACCAACUCAGGGCAUGCCGGCAAAUCCGCCUGCUUACUCAGAAACUGAAAAGAAAAAAGAGUAACAAAGUAAUUGAACUCUUCUUUUGAAACGCCAUGAUAAACGCUGAUUGAUUUCUUGAUAGCAGUAGGUCCGUAUGGUUUAGAGAUGUAAAUACCAUUUCACAUGAUGAAGUAACACAAGAUGCCUUUAUC